UAGGCUAGGAACUAGCCUGCAAUGUAGGGUCUUGUCCUUAAAAUAAGUGUAGUACAAUGUAAUACGAAUUCCUGCCAUCUGAAACCUGCAACAAAUAGGACUAGUUUUCAAUUUACAUGGAAAUUGUGGCCUUCCAUGCCAAUUCCUUUAAUGCCCACGUAGAAACAAGUAUUAUGAGAUUAGUUAUCAAUUGUGGGUGGUGAUGAUGGUGGGAAUGGAUAGUACACUUAAUGAAGCGUGUUAAUAAAAGGCGACCAGAUUAGUUGCUUGAACGUAAAAGCACUUUCUGCUCGUGAGGUGAUUUGAGGCGGCUCUGUAAGAGCAUUCUGUGCUUUUGGGAGAUUUGGGUUGAACAGUUUGAUUAGAAUAGUGUAUAUGUGCAGCAAUACUGUAGAUUGGGGUGUUGUGGCAUUUGAGAUAGAAGAAAGCAUAUGAAAUUGUCUCAAGUCCUUGAUCAGUUUGAUUAGUGCACAUGUGCAGCAAUACUGUAGUGUGAGAUUGAAGAAUGCAUAUGAAAUUGUUUGUGUCUUUUACCAGUUUGAUUAGUCUACAUGUGCAGCAAUACUGUAGUAUGAGAUUGAAGAAUGCAUAUGAAAUUGAUUUAAGUCUCUAAAUGCCUCGGUGUAUCUGCUAAAAUAGUGGGUUUGUGCAGAGAUCAAAAGUUUUAUCUUCUAUGAGACUGAUAUAUGCAUAGGUGGUGGAAAUGAUUUUAAGUCUCUGAAAGCCUUAGGGCAGAUUCUACUAUAUGGGAUUAGUGCAGAAACCCAUCUAAAAAUAGAAGUAAAAAAUCUAAGAUGAGAGAGUCAUGUGCUUUGAAAUUUUAAAGAUUUUAGGUCUCUGAAAGCCUAGUUGCAUUUGUUGCUUAAAUUUUUGGAUGUACAGAUAGUUUGAAUAUUUAGGCUAGUUGUAUAAAAGCAUGGAUCCUGACAGCUUUCCAGCUUUCUUCAAGUGGGACCCCAGAUCAAUAACAGCCCCACAACUGCAGAGAGGAUAUGAGUUUCCUCUUCCAAAUGCGGCUGCUAUACUAAUGCCUAAUGGCAUGAACGGCAACAACAGGAAAGAAUUGAGCUGUUUGGAAGAGCUGUUUAGGAAUUAUGGUGUGAGAUGCAUAACACUGACCAAGAUGGUUGAGUUGGGUUUCACUGCCAACACCUUGGUCAAUAUGACUGAACAAGAGCUGGAUGAUGUGGUUAGGAUCCUGGUUGAUAUAUACAGUCUUGAUCUUCUUGUUGGAGAGAAAUAUGGCAUUAAGUCUGCAAUUAGAGCAGAAAGGAGAAGACUUGAUGAAGCAGAAAGGAAGAAGCAUAUGGAACUCUUUGCUGACCUAGAUGGAAAACAACGCAAGAUUGAUGAGAAUGCCUUAGACACACUGUCUCAGGAAGGUCUGUCAGUGGAAGAACCUCAUGGGGAUAACACUGUAAUUCUUUCACAGAAUAAUAACUAUCCAUUGAACCUAAACACAGGCACUGAUCCUAUGCUUCUUCUCCAAAAUAGCGGCCAUUUGAGUACUGCAGUGAGUGGUCUAAUGACACUACCUGAUAACAACUAUUGCAAUGAUCAACAGCUCAAAGCUUGCAAGAAACAGAAGAGAAGGCGCCUAAAAGAGUCGGGAGAAGAUGGUGAAGACAGACAAAGAGAACACCCUUUUAUCGUUACUGAGCCUGGAGAACUUGCAAGAGGGAAAAAGAAUGGGCUUGACUAUUUGUUUGAUCUUUACGAACAGUGUGGCAAGUUUCUGCUGGAUGUUCAGCACAUCGCAAAGGAAAGAGGGGAGAAAUGUCCUACAAAGGUCACAAAUCAGGUAUUUAGGCAUGCAAAGCACUCUGGUGCAGGUUACAUCAACAAGCCAAAGAUGAGACACUACGUACACUGUUAUGCCCUGCAUUGCCUGGAUGUUGAGCAGUCCAAUCGUCUCAGAAGAACCUACAAAGAACGAGGGGAAAAUGUUGGAGCAUGGAGGCAAGCCUGCUAUUAUCCCCUUGUGGACAUGGCCAAAGAAAAUGGCUGGGACAUCGAGGGGGUUUUUAACAAGCAUGAAAAGCUUAGAAUCUGGUAUGUUCCCACCAAGUUAAGACAACUCUGUCACUUGGAAAAAAGUCAGCAGCAGUAAUCACUCUGAGAUACAAAUUCCCGCAAGGACAUAAAACCAUCUUACCAUAUCGGAUGUUUAUCCAUGUAUGACCUUAAUUGUAAGCAGGCUUAUGCAGAUUGUAAGUUCAAAUGCUGCAGCUUUCUAGAGAGCUUAAGUGUUCUUAUUUCUUAUAAAUUUCAGGUUUUUAACAUC